AUGUCCCUCGACAGUUUACGGGAAACCUUACGCCAGGAGAAGACAAAUGAAGCCGCACUCACAUCCGCAACAUUGGAGCGCCAUCUCCGGGCACUCUGGAAGGUCACGGGCUGCUGCAAUGCCGCUCUGAACGGCCACCAGCCAAGGGCAGACGACUUCGUCUAUGGCGAACCUGACGAGGACGAACGUCGUUUUCUUGACGAAAAUGACAUCUCACAAGGUCGACGCUUCAACGAUGCAACACUGCCCUUCCCAGUGGCCGUUACUGACCAUCAGCCACCACUCCCUGCCCCCCUGCCAUUCCAGAACGCAACCAAGUCCUUCAUCAAGUCGUCACCAUCCCCAGUUGUCGGCACCCCAAGCCUCGAGGAUCAACUUCGCGCCGCCUCUGCUUCGCCGUCUGUUGCGACGCAAACCUUACCGUCCGUCGAACCAUCACUGCAAAGUGAUACCAUUCAUGUCACCCCUAGCGUCAAGGAUGCCUCGUGUGCUGCAUCCCCUACGGUAGAAGACGAGGUAGCUAACCAGACUCCGUUUGAAGCAGCCCCUGCAGUUCAGGCUGUAGGAAGCCAGGAUGACCUCCCCGCCGACACAUCUACGGUUGACCCUAGUGCUGUUGCAUCGCCAACUACUGAAGACACAAACGCUGCUGCGAUGGACGACACGACGGAUGUCAAACCAAAGCCAUCAAAGGUCGUGCAUCUACCACCAAAAGAGGUUCAAGAGGCUAGGCUGCAGGAGACGGAACAGAAGUUGGACAAGGCUGCAGAGAAAGAGCGAAGAGAAGAGGAACGACUCACCAUUCCACCUACGAACGCGUCCGUCGAUGUUUCCUCCCCAUCGUCAACCGUCGGGCCUUACUCUCAAGCGACACCACAUGCGCAACACCAUUCGCCUGAUACUAGUCCUGACUCCGAGACUUACAGAGAGCGCAACAAUGUACCAUUGCCAAACGACGAUGUCCUUGACCCCGCCGCGCAGCAAGUAAAGGAUGACCACGAGCGUGCCUUACAGAAGCGAAUGAAGGAGGCGAGGGAAAACGCCCGAGCAAGAGAAGAAGAUUCCCCUACACCCGAUAUCGAGAAACAGAUCGAGGACGAACAGGCAAUACGUUUAGCUCGCGACGGGAAGAGUCGCCUAAGCGAGUCACAGCCUGCCGGAGAUGCACAUUCCUUGACGGAGGGUGUGGAUGAUGCUCCGCCUGGGACAAAAACAGAAGAGGAUGAUGCUGUUGGAAUAAAAACUGGUCAUGAUGUUGCGGUUGACUCGUUACCAACGCCAACCACAGUUGCUGCGGAGCCUCCAACCAUGGAUCGCGAUAACACCGACCAAGCCAUUAACCAACAACGUACAUCUCCUACUGCCGACCACCCAACCCCCCCUACUGAUACUGAUAUCGAAAUGCGCGACGUACCCUCCCUGGAUGCACAGUCCACGACCUCACCGCAAUCUUCAAUGCCCAAUCCCGAGCGAAUGACCACCCGUGUUGCUUCUGGCGCAAUCCGACAGAAGUCUGUCUCUGAGAUCAUCGCCGAGAAGGCGGCUCCCAAGACCAUGCUAACUCCUCGCUCAAGCAACCUCUCGGCAUCUACUAGUCCUCCACGACCGCGAACUGCUCGUCGGAAAUCUCAAGAGAUCUCGACCGUCGUAUUCGCUAAGAAGACACCGACCAAGGCAUCGAAAGCUCUGCAAUCUUACAAUGAAGACUAUGCUUCGCUUCAAGGUGCUUCGGAAGACUCUAGUCGAGAUUAUCUGGAAGGCCUCUUCAAGUAUCAGGCUCACCACCCACCUAGGUCCGUGCCUUUGCAGGAACUUGUGGCAUCUGCAAGGAAGACAGUAUCGACCGCUGGCACGCUUGCUAUGAUUCGUGAGCACCAAGACUACAAGAUCCUGAAGAGAGUGUACCAGUUGCAAAAUGCUAACCGCUGGUCUUUACGGCAACUCCAAAAGGCAGUCGAACCCGAGCGUCCAUUUACCCAUCAGGAUCAAGUACUCCUUGAAAUGAAAUGGAUGCAGACGGACUUCAAAGAGGAGAGGAAAUGGAAAAAGGCUCUCGCUGCUACCUUUGCAGAAUGGUGUGCCGAGUACGUAAGCAGUACGUCUGAAGAGCAAGCAGCAUUACGGGUCAACACCUAUAUUCCGAAGGGUGCCAGACGUGUAAGCAGCGAUGAGGAUAUGAACGAUGCUCCCACGCCAGAUCUCGUCCAUUCUAGCACGCAUGAGACCGAAAGUGAGUCAUACGGUGAUGAGGACGAUGUCCUUACUCCCGUUAAUGCCACACCUCCUAUAGGUCUGUUCUCUCUUGGAUUCAACGACGUCGUCAUGAAGAUAGAUCGCACACCAGCCAGUGAUACCAUGUUCCGAGAACUGCCUCUUUACGACCCAAUGUUUGAAGGCUCUAGCGACACCAGCCCCUUCUCUCUAUCGGAGCCACCAAUCCUCCCCGUGUCCAAGUUCGUUACAGGAAAGCUCGUCUCUCAGAUACGAGGUCCGCCUAAGAAGCGUAGCAGGUACGACUACGACUCCGAAGAUGAGCCGUCUUCGCCACCUAGUCGAUCUGGUACGUCUGCCGAGCAUUCAAUGCCAUCCACACCUGGUCGUCGAUUAUUCUGUCGCAACGACUUGCCACCAGAGAUGACCAAUGUUGCCCUAUUCAACGCCGAAAACAAGCAUGUUCGCGACCGACUACAAGCAGCCCAUCAAUUCAGACCACCUACAGAAUUCAACAUGCCCACGAUCGCCUUCUUCGAGAAUCGCACGCCUUCUCAGUGGUUAUGGGAAGAAGACCAAAAGCUACGGGCGUUGGUGAAAGAGUAUACCUUCAACUGGUCUCUUGUUUCACAGCAACUGUCGUUACCUUCGAUGUUUGUAUCUGGGUCAGGUCGACGAACGCCAUGGGAAUGUUUCGAGCGCUGGGUACAAUUGGAAGGUCUUCCCGCCGAGAUGUCCAAAACACAAUACUUCCGGACCUACCAGAGCCGACUGGAGCAGGCCAACAAAACUGUAUUUGCCCAGUUUCAAGCUCAACAGCAACAGCAGCAGCAACAAGGCCAGACUCCAGGUCAACCGCGUAGAAGACCUACAACCACGCCGAUACGGGUGGAGAGAAGGAGAGAAAACCGUCAUCUCGCCAUUAUUGAUGGUAUGCGCAAACUGGCUAGGAAACGCGAGUCUGCUGCCCACAAGCAAGCGGAAUCUCAGAAGGCUGCUGCGCUUCGGAAAGCCCAUGAGCCUGCGCCACCCAAGAACAAUGUCCACACGCCGCAAGAAUUCAGCCGUCUCAAGUGGGAACGCGAAGAGAAGCUCAAGCAGAGGCACAUUGCGCAGGAGAUGAUGGCAAGGCAACAAAUGGUGGCACGGCAGCAGGCCCAACUACAGGCGCAACCAGGAAUGGCAAAUGGUGUCAAUCAGAUGCAGCGUAACGGGACACCUGGAGGCACCAACAACGUUCCUCCACAAAUGGCUAAUCCGCCUUUACAACAGGGACAGAACGGCUCCGCGAUGGGAGCGCGACCGCACCAGUCUCAACAGGGAAUGCAAGCCAACUUCGCUAACGGAAAUAUGUCUGGCAUGGCGAUGGGCACACCGGGCGUUCCCCAAGCACAGAUGCAGGGCAACAUGCAGAACCCUCAGCGCAUGGGCCCACCAGAUCAGAUGCGCAUGGCUAUGCAAAGGGGCCAAUUUAACGCCACCCAACAACAUCAGUUCCAGCUGCAACAGCAACAGAUCAACAUGGCUAGCAACCUUACACAGGGCAUGGGCAUGAACGGUAUCCCUAACGCAAACAUGAUGGCACCCGUUCCCAACCAGAACGGCGGCGCCAUGAACGGAAACAUGAACAAUUCCAUGAAAGGGAUGUCAAAUGCUGCUGGAUCUCCACGAAUGAACCAGGGCAACGGAAACAUGCAAACUCCUUCAAGACCGCUAUCCAGCGGGCACAUGCCUCAGCUACUGGCAUUCCAGAACCAGUUAAAGGUACAGCAUCCGGAAUGGACCCCAGAACAGGUUACCAAACAGGCCUCCGACCACCUCACCCGUUACCUGGCUAAGCAACGUACGCAGGCAAUGAGCGCAGCAGCUGGAUCCCCAGGCAUAUCUCCGUCUCCACAGAUACAGAACAAUCAAUAUUUCCAACAGAACGGGGGCAUGGCCAACGCUCCUCAAACAAACGCGGUACAGAAUUAUCAGGCCCAACUGGUCCAACAACAACGGCUGAUGGCAAGACAACAGGGCGGUAGUCCUGGACUAAACGCGCGACCGCCUAGUCGGAGCGCCACGCCUCAGAAUCCACAAAUGCAACAAAGUCCGGGUAUGCAGCAAGCGCAGAUCAACCGGUCCUAG